GCCAUUUCCGCCGGAUGCCUCUACCAAUGGUAGACAGAAAAGCCAAGAUGGCGCUGGGCAGUACUCAGAAAAACCUGGGUGCAAUGCUGAGCAAGAUACAGGGCGUUCUUGUUCCGCCGAAGCUGGUUGUAGUUGACAGAAAAACGAUAGAAAAAUCAUGGAAAAUGAUGGACAAAGUGGUGAAAUUGUGUCAACAUCCGAGGAUGAAUCUACGGAACAGUCCGCCAUUCAUCUUGGACAUUCUUCCUGAUACUUAUCAACACUUACGCACGAUCGUAAUGAUUUGUUCCAAACAUGACGACAAAUUACAAACGUUGAAUGAGUGCGAGUAUUUCAGAACUUUUAUAGAAAAUCUUAUGAAUAAAUGUAAGAACACCAUCAAGCUGUUUCGUGAUGGUAAAGAUAAAAUGUAUGAUGAAAAUUCACAUUAUCGUCGAAACCUCACGAAACUCAGUCUUGUGUUUUCACACAUGUUGGCGGAGGUAAAGGCAAUUUACCCAAGUGGGACAUUUGCAGGAGACAACUUUAGGAUAACGAAAGGUGAUGCUGCUGACUGGUGGAAAAAAUCCUUUGGUGACAAAGUGAUAGUGCCGUGGAAAGAGUUCAAAAUCACGCUCCACGAGAGCCACCCCAUCGGCUCCUCCCUGGAGGCUAUGGCCCUCAAGUCCACCAUAGACCUCACCUGUAACGAUGUCAUCUCUGUGUUCGAAUUUGAUGUGUUCUGCAGGCUCUUCCAACCAUGGACCAAUCUUUUACGCAACUGGAACGUGCUGGCGGUGACUCACCCUGGCUACGCGGCCUUUUUGACUUACGACGAGGUCAAGGCCAGGCUCCAGAAGUACAUCAACAAGCCGGGCAGCUACGUAUUCCGGCUGAGCUGCACCCGGCUGGGCCAGUGGGCCAUCGGAUACGUCACCACCGAUUUCCAGAUUCUGCAGACGAUCCCGCAGAACAAGUCGUUGUGCCAGGCACUGCUGGAUGGCCAGCGUGAAGGAUUCUUUCUCUAUCCGGAUGGUCGGAGCAUCAAUCCAGACUUAAGCUUCCUGGUGGCAGACAGCGAAGAGGACCACAUCCGGGUGACUCAGGAACAAUACGAGCUGUACUGCGAGAUGGGCUCCACCUUCCAGCAGUGCAAGAUCUGCGCGGAGAACGACAAAGACAUUAGGCUGGAGCCCUGCGGUCACCUGCUCUGCACUCCGUGUCUGACCCAGUGGCAGGACUCGGAUGGCCAGGGGUGCCCGUGGUGUAGGUGUGAGAUCAAAGGCACGGAGCAGGUGAUAGUGGACCCAUUUGACGAGCGACUGACCACCGCCAAGGCUGCGUCUGGUUCCAAAACGCCGACGCAAGAGGUGGAGGAAGAAGAGGAAGGAGGGGGCAUGGCCAGUCUACAUGCGCUUGCUGUAGGAGCUAGAUCUCGUGAUGGAAGCUCGCCUUUUGACUCGCCCGCACUGUCCAAAAGGCCUGGUCAACCCAACCCAGAUAUACCACCGCCGGUGCCCCCUCGCACAGUCUCCCCCUUCCCUUCUCCAUGCACCUCGCCAAAGCCUCCCAGGAGGCAACUCCCUCUGACCCCACCGAGUGACUCGCUGCGGAGUCCCGAGACGACGGCCUCACACCCUGGGGUGCGGCCAAACUUCCCCACAAACGCUGCUAGUUCUGGGAUUUCAUACGCGGAGCUACGCUAUGACGUCCCUGCACCAGACUACGAAGGUGCCAACUCGCCCACUGUGCCAGCUCCUUCAGGGGAGGGUCACUACGACCGACCGCUGCCGGGGAUUCAUCCCGCAGGUGUAUCAUCAGUAGCAGCGCAAGAGGAGAAACCCCAGCUGCACAGGCUCAACAGCGACUACGCUACCCCUCCACCACGCUCAAAACACCACAGAGAGGAGACUUCUGCAUGUCCUCUAGUGCCUCCGCCGCGCCGCGAGGGCCUGCGGGAGAUCCGGGAGAACCAGGAGUUGAACAAGGAGAACAACGAGCAGCAGACGACGCCCACCACCAUCUCGUCCACGUCCUCGUCCUCAAGCACGUCCUCCGUCAACGAGGUCCAGGUGGAGGAGCUGGUGGCUCAGGGCUACGGCCGGCUGCAAGUGGUGGACGCGCUCCGGGUUGCCCGCAACAAUGUCAUCAUGGCACAGGAGAUCCUCGAGACCUUUGUCAAACAAAAUGGCUGACCGACUGACCGACUGUUUGGCUGACUGACUGACUGGCCGACCGACUCUGCUUCUGGGUAACUACAGUCGUCGUCGUUGUCGUCGUCUUCUGCGACUACCACCACUGCUCCUCCUCCUCCCCGGCCUCCUCUUACUGCUGCUGCUGCUGCGGACGUCUCUGAUUCACUGGCUCGUGGGCCAUGGAAUGAACUGGAGGAUAAUUUGAGUCUUGGAGGGGACGUGUGGUUUACUACCUGUACUGUUGUCACUGAAUUGGCAUUUUAUCUCCACUUUCUUCUCAUCUUCCCCAUCUUCCUCCUCCUCCUUGUCAUCUUUUUCUUUCCUCAUCUUCCUCCUCCUCCUUGUCAUCUUUUUCUUUCCUCAUCUUCCUGAUCCUGAACUAAAGACUUCUAUCUAAUCACAUCAUUGGAAGUUUACAAUGGCUGCAUUGGAUGUAGAACAGGGCUGUCAAAUUCAAUUGC